AUGGCCGCCGAUCCAACCCCAAGCAAAGCAGCUCUCUCCCUGCUCGACAACAUCGCUUCCCUCAGCACCGGCUUCAAAAAUGGUGCAAGCGGCGCAAGAGAAGGCUUACUAGACGCAUGCCGCAGCCUCAUCUCAGAAGCCAGCCACCCAUCUGAAAACAUGCUAGACAUACUCUGGGCCCAACCCACCCACCUAACCACGCUCUGGCUUGCCGUCGAAGUAAACCUCUUCCAAGGCAUGUCCUCAGUCCCAGAAACCGGAGCCAGCAGCCUCUCCAUCGCAAAGUCCUGCUCCGAAAACUGCGACAAAAACGUCGACCCCGUCAUCGUCGCACGCAUGCUGCGACACCUCGCCGCCAUGGGCACAGUCCGCGAGACCGGCCCUGAUACCUUUGCUAAUACACCUACCUCCCGUGCUUUCGCCGAGCAAGCAUACCAAGACUCCAUUUUGUUCAUCGCGGAAGACUUUCAGCCUGUGCAUCACUCCAUGAAAUCUUAUUUCGAAGCCAGGGACUGGAAGUGUCCGGACUCUGGUCUUGAUGCGCCGUUCCAGCACACUUACAACUGUAAAGGGAGUCAUUACUUUGAGUACAUGCAGCAUCGCAAUCCUGAAAUGGGGAGGAGGUUUGCGAGUAUGAUGGGGAGUUGGAGUAAAGGAAGGCCGAGGUGGUUUGCGAGUGAUUACUAUCCGGUGCAGGAGAGGUUGAUUGAUGGGGCGGAGGUGGGGAAGACGUUUCUUGUUGAUGUUGGGGGUGGGAGUGGUCAUGAUGUUGAGGGGUUGAGGGAGGCGUUUGAGGGACGGUUACCGGGGGGGUUGGUGUUGCAGGAUAGGCCUGAGAUUGUGGGAUUGGCGAAAAUAGGGUUUGGUGCAAAGGCUAUGUCACAUGACUUUAUGACUGAGCAGCCUGUCAGGGGUGCAAGGGCGUAUUAUCUCCAUUCCAUCAUCCAAGACUGGAACGACGACGUCAACUCCCAGAUUCUGAAAGCGAUUGUGCCGGCGAUGACGAAGGGGUAUUCAAAGGUUCUCGUUAACGAUUUCGUUGUGCCGGAUCAGGGUGCGCAUUGGGUGCAGAGUAAGUCCAUCGUCUUCUCUGAUGUGAAAAUGUGA